CUCUUCUUUCCACUUGUAACAAACAUCUUAGUCUUCUUAAUUUCCUCACUCGCAAGUCACACCAAUGGCAAAGCUAUUCAAUUUCCUCCCUCUCCUCUUCCUCAACAUCUUCAUUCAAACAAUUUCAGCCCAAGUAGCACCAGCACCAGCGGGCCCCACCAACAUCACCCAAGUUCUUGAGAAAGCAGGCCAAUUCACAACCUUCAUCAAACUUCUCAAGGCCUCACAAAUAGCUGAUAGAAUCAAUUCGCAGCUCAACAACUCAAACCAAGGCCUAACCGUAUUUGCACCCACUGAUAAUGCAUUCUCAAGCCUCAAAGCAGGGACACUAAACUCCAUAAACUCACAAGACCAAAUGCAGUUGAUACAGUUCCACAUUCUCCCCACUCUCUACACCAUCUCACAGUUCCAAACCGCAAGCAACCCUUUGCACACGCAAGCUGGGAACAGUGAUGAUGGAGAGUACCCUUUAAAUGUCACCACCUCAGGGAACCAAGUGAAUGUAACAACUGGGGUGGUUGAUACUACAGUGUCCAAUACUAUCUACAGUGAUAACCAGCUUGCAGUGUAUCAGGUAGAUAAGGUACUUCUUCCAAUGAAGCUUUUCGGCGCAACGGCACCGGCUGCUUCACCGGCAGAGGCUCCGGCACCGACCAAGCCGGAGAAAAAUGUCCGGGCUGGGGCUGCUGAUUCUCCUUCAGGGUCGUCGGACACGUCCGCUGAUGCUUCGAGUGCAGUGAGUUUGAAAAGGCACACAGUUGAAGGUGUUACCUUUGUUGCUGCAGUUGUUGUCAUGAUUGUUUCUUGUUUCUGAAUGACACAGGAGUAAAGUGGUCAUGGGUCCUGGUUGGUCCAACGACUCGAACAUUCCGAACCAAAGUGAAGGAAGAAACUCAAAUUGAUUCAAAACCAUCAGUUUGAUUCAAAUUUUAAAAUUGUAAGCUUGAAAAUAUCAGUUUAGGCAUCUGGUUUAAGUGGAUGGAAUCCAAAAACGCACUACCCGAACCUUUACCUUUUUAGCCUAUACUUUUAUUUUAUUAUGUAAUGGUGGGCAACAACUUCUAUCU